UCGCAGCCGGUUUGAGGCUUUAUAAGGCGGGGAGCACCGGGGACAGGAGCACUCAACCUCAGGAGAACCUGCACUCAUCUCACUCCUCCAUCCUCCACUUCUCAUCCAAGCGCUCCCAUCAUGAACGGCCACUUGAACGGCAACGUCAUCGACACCAUGGAGCGCAUGAAGUCCUCCAUGGUGCUCUGCAAGCACGAGACGUCCCGCAAGGAGUCCGAGGACAAGUCCCGGUUACCGGCGCUGGAGGCCGCCUACACCAGCAUCCUGCAGGAGCUCGGCGAGGACACGGACCGACAGGGGCUGCUGCGCACGCCGCUGCGCGCCGCCAAGGCCAUGCAGUUCCUCACCAAGGGCUACCAUGAGACCAUCGACGACAUCUUGAAUAACGCCAUAUUCGAUGAAGACCAUGAUGAGAUGGUGAUAGUGAAGGACAUAGACGUGUUUUCACUGUGCGAGCAUCACCUGGUGCCCUUCUUUGGAAAGGUUCACAUCGGGUAUAUCCCCAACAAAAAAGUGGUGGGACUGAGCAAGCUGGCAAGGAUUGUCGAGAUUUUCAGUCGCAGGCUUCAGGUUCAAGAGCGUCUGACCAAGCAGAUAGCCGUGGGAAUAUCUGAGGCUCUGCAGCCAAAAGGCGUAGCUGUGGUUAUUGAAGCAUCGCACAUGUGUAUGGUGAUGCGAGGCGUCCAGAAGAUGAACAGCCGCACAGUGACGAGCACCAUGCUGGGAGUUUACCUCGAUGACCACAAAACCCGGGAGGAGUUCUUGACUCUUUCGCAGAAGACCUAACCGAUGUCACCCACCACUGACUCUCACUGUGAACAGUAAAUGUAGUUCCGCAGUCUUGGUGCCUUUGCUAGAUCUUUCACAGUCUUACAUGGCAAUUGUUUUUAUAACUCAUCAGUGCAAUGUUGUAAUGUGACAAUACUUCAUAGUUUGAUUUCCUGAUGGGAAAUUCUUUGGUGCUUUUGCAAAGAGAUACAUUCCCAUACUUUAUUAUUGUAUUUAACCAAAUAUUUAAAUAUUUAACAAUCUGUGUCCAUUCUGCACAAAAUUAUGAAGUAUUUGUAAUUUUUUAGACAUCUGUAAUCCAACGAGUGAUUAAAUUAUGCACUGAGUAAAUUUUGCUGUUAUUGGUGAUGACUGUAACAGGGAUUCUUUGCCUAAAUAAAAUGAUAAAAACA